UCUCUCUGAUUGGGAGGCAUUGACUGAUACCGAUGGAACAGUUCCAUGUAGUUACCAUUCCAACAGUUCGAUGCCUACCAUCAGAACAUCAACAUGCACCUGCAAAGUUUGUCCCAUUCCUCCCCCUGUUGUCAAGAUUCAGAAAUGCUUCUGCUGCAAAAUAUUUCUGUCCCGACUAUCACGCCAUCAACCAGAAUAUCGUCACAAUAUCAUCUUAUUUGGAUCCUUGAUAUUGUGUAUUCACUUUAAUUAUGGAGGCCAUACACACCCAAGGUAUUUGGAUUGCUGAAGCACUUCAGCAAAGAACGAAGAGCCAAGACAAACUUUGGUUGAUUGCCACUCACAUUGGGGAUCCCAAAGCUGCCUUCCUUCUCGUGUUCCCCUUGACUUACUUUCUCAACCGACGGACUGGAUUUGCAGUUGUCUGGGUGGCUGCUAUUUCGGAGUGGCUUAAUCUAGUGUUCAAAUGGAUGCUCUUUGGGGAGAGGCCAUUCUGGUGGAUUGGAGAAUCCCGUUUAUUUGAGAAAAACCCUCCCAAACUCCAACAGUUUGCCUCAACUUGUGAAACAGGUCCAGGCAGUCCAUCUGGUCAUGCAAUGGUAACAGCAGCAGUGUGGUGGGUGAUGGCCUCAUCCCUGGGUUCUCUUCUCUACUCCUACACACGCAGCAUGUUGCUAUCAGCGGUUCCGUAUGUGCUGUAUCUGCUGGGGUUAGUGGCAGUUGGCUUCUCUCGCAUCUUCAUCCUGGCACACUUCCCCCAUCAGGUCAUAGCUGGCUCUUUGACAGGCUUCAUUCUUGGGGUAGUUCUGAGCCGUCAGGUUCCAGAAGGUCGCCCUCUGGUGUUUUUUGUGAGUUCCAGCAUUGGGCUACUCCUCAGUGCUUUCCUAAUCCACUCAGGACUGACAUGGCUGGGCUUCGACUUGUCCUGGUCCAUUGCGUUGGCUAAGAAGUGGUGCUCCCAUUCAGAGUGGAUUCGGCUAGACACAGCCCCGUUUUCCUCACUAACACGGGACUGUGGUGCUAUCCUGGGCCUGGGGCUGGCCCAGUACUGGAAGCCAGGUGGGUACACUCUCCCCUGUGCUCCACGUGCCCUGUGUCUGGCCCUCUGCUCCAUGGCUCUCUACCAUGUCCAUCGACUGCCUCUACCAAUCCAACCACAGCCCCUCUUCUACUUCCUCUUCUUUAUCAAGUUUACCAUCGUGCCCCAGGUGGUCAUGAUCUAUGUACCUGGCUUUGUACACCUCCUUACACACAAAAAGAAAAAUGAUUAAAAUGACACAUUCCUCGGAAGUUCAACUCUGGACACUGAGAGAAAAGUUUCUUUAGGUACUUUUCUUUUCAUACACACUCCUGUAUAAAUGGGGAAAUUGAUGGCAAUAUGGGUGUUGACUUCUAAGGAAGUUGUCUGACAAAUGCUGAAUGGCAAUUUUUUUGCUGAUGAUUGAGGAUUGUAUCAUGCCCAUUUGCAGGAUAUACAGUUGAAGUUGGAAGUUUACAUAUACCUUAACCAAAUACAUUUAAACUCAGUUUUUCCACAAUUCCUGACAUUUAAUCCUAGUAAAACAUUUCCUGUUUUAGGUCAGUUAGGAUCAUCACUUUAUUUUAAGAAUGUGAAAUGUCAGAAUAAUAGUAGAGAGAAUUAUUUAUUUCAGCUUUUAUUUAUUUCAUCACAUUCCCAGUUGGUCAGAAGUUUACAUACACUCAAUUCGUAUUUGGUAGCAUUGCCUUUAAAUUGUUUAACUUGGGUCAAACGUUUCGGGUAGCCUUCCACAAGCUUCCCACAAUAAGUUGGGUGAAUUUUGGCCCAUUCCUCCUGACAGAGCUGGUGUAACUGAGUCAGGUUUGUAGGCCUCCUUGCUCACACGCUUUUUCAGUUCUGCCCAUACAUUUUCUAUAGGAUUGAUGCCAUACAUUUUGUGAAGUGCACCAGUCCCUCCUACAGCAAACCACUCCCACAACAUGACGCUGCCACCCCCGUGCUUCACAGUUGGGAUGGUGUUCUUCUGCUUGCAAGCCCCCCCCUUUUUUCCUCCAAACAUAACGAUGGUCAUUAUGGCCAAAUGGUUCUAUUUUUGUUUCAUCAGACCAGAGGACAUUUCUCCAAAAAGUACGAUCUUUGUCCCCAUGUACAGUUGCAAACCAUAGUCUGGCUUUUUUAUGGCGGUUUUGGAGCAGUGGCUUCUUCCUUGCUGAGCGACCUUUCAGGUUAUGUCGAUAUAGGACUCGUUUUACUGUGGAUAUAGAUACGUUUGUCCCUGUUUUUCUCCAGCAUCUUCACAAGGUCCUUUGCUGUUGCUCUGUGAUUGAUUUGCACCUUUCGCACCAAAGUACGUUCAUCUCUAGGAGACAGAACGCGUCUCCUUCCUGAGCGGUAUGACGGCUGCGUGGUCCCAUGGUGUUUAUACUUGCAUACUAUUGUUUGUACAGAUGAACAUGGUGUUUGGAAAUUGCUCCCAAGGAUGAACCAGACUUGUGGAGGUCUACAAUGUUUUUUCUGAAGUCUUGGCUGAUUUAUUUUGAUUUCCCCAUGAUGUCAAGCAAAGAGGCACUGAGUUUGAAGGUAGGCCUUGAAAUACAUCCACAGGUACACCUCCAAUUGACUCAAAUUAUUUGUAAAGUGGCUGUUCCACUGGAUGUCAUAAGGUGAAAGCACCAAUUUGUAAGUCGCUCUGGAUAAGAGCGUCUGCUAAAUGACUUAAAUGUAAAUGUAAUGUCAAUUAGCCUAUCUGAAUUUUCCAAGCUGUUUAAAGGCACAGUCAACUUAGUGUAUGUAAACUUCUGACCCACUGGAAUUGUGAUACAGUGAAUUACAAGUGAAAUAAUCUGUCUGUAAACAAUUGUUGGGAAAAUGACUUGUCAUGCACAAAGUAGAUGUCCUAACCGUCUUGCCAAAACUAUAGUUUUUUAACAAGACAUUUGUGGAGUGGUUUAAAAAUGAGUUUUAAUGACUCCAACCUAAGUGUAUGUAAACUUCCGACUUCAACUGUGGGCCAAAUGUUUUUGGUGUUAUUUUGUCUCAGCUUCUACUAUGUGUCUGUUAUUUCAAGCUAUGUAAUUAGCAAUGUAGCCUUCUUCCUUCUUAGAUAUGUAACCAGCAGUGUAACCUUCUCCUCCUCUUUAUUUACUUACAAUUUGAUUGACAAAUGAUCUGUAAGUGAAGGUAAAUGGUGCCACAUUCUGGUUAAACCUAAUCAAUUAAUGACUCUGUUAUAAUCAAGUAGGCUAGUGUGCUGUUCCCUCAGGUGGGAGUUGAUGUUAUGCUUGGCAUGUAACGUUAAAGAAAUCAAAAAGGACCUGACAAUGAAAAUGUAAGGAUUACUGUAUGCUACAUAAGCAGCUAUUCAUAUCAUUCACCUGAAAGAUCAAAGCAAAUAAAUGACAUGCAUGCAGGAAUGUUUUUCAGUUGGUAACCAUUUAUAAAUGUUAUUCUUCAAUACAUAGGUUUGACUGUACAGAUUACAAUCAGUUAUCAUGAGAUAAAAACACAAUUUUUUAUUAUUUUUAAUUCAACUUAUCACAGCGCUCUUAAAGCUCACAUUUACAGACAAAAGAACUCUGCUCAGCAAGCAAAUACAAUAAAAUAAUACAAAUAGAA